GACGCGUCGCAUUACACUCGCAGUUUCAAUUUUACAGAAUGGAGCUGCUCCAUUGGUUGUGUGGCACCUUGACGGUGUUGCUUUGGGUCUCAGCUGUCCGCUGUCAGGUGCAGUGCAAUGCGGGGACAGCAGCCCGACAGAAACGCAUUGUCAUACGCAGUCCGGGAGCGGGGCAGAUGGGCGACUUGGACAGGUGCCAGUACAGGGUGGCGCCGUGGAGUAGCCAGGUGUGUCAAGUGCGCAUUGAUUUCGAGCGGCUGGAGCUGCCGCAGCCGCAGCUCAACGCCAGCACAGGGACAGUGGAGUGCGGCGACUUUUUGCAGGUUCAGCGCUUCCGCCUUUGCGGCCGCAGCAGCGGGCAACAUCUAUACGUGCCCCUGCGCUCGGGUCAAGUGCUGCAGCUACUUUUCCGGCUGGCCACGCCGCUAUCCCGGCAGCAGUCCACGUGGCAGAUGACCCUUACUCAGCUGGAGUGUCCCCGCGAUUCAUUGGCGGUGUCCAGCGCCCCAAAGUCGGAGGUGCAGCAGCCCAGAGUUCGUCCUUUUCUGCCCUAUCUGAGUAAUCUCCUGCCAAGGACCAUAUUUGGUGGACAGACGGGCAUAGGUUCUGGCCAGGGUCCAGCUGCACAGCUUAUCCAGAGCAUGACCUCACCUUCGCAGGCGGACUUAGAGCUGCUGGCCCCGAUGGGCUGUGAUCAGUAUUGGCGGAGCCAGACGGGCGGAAUUGUUAGCUUCAAUUUCGCAGGUGGCAUCUACAUGCCCAGCAUGAGAUAUUCCAUCUGCGUGAAGGGAGCACUAGACAGUGAGAUAAGGUACAAGAUCGAACAUUUCGAGCUCUCAAAAACAGAUUCGGAGAGGGCUGGGCCCGGCUAUGAUGCCGAUUGCCGCAGUACUGUGAGAACGCCGGGACGCGUAUCGGACUAUCUGCUUAUACCCAACUCGUACGUGAUCAGCCAGCCAGAACUGCAGCCCACAUAUUACUGUGGCAACGGGCUGGCGGGACAGGAGCUCGUUGCACGUCCGCCAUUUGUCAUUCACUUCUCCAGCGAUGCGCAGACAAGUGCAUCCGAGACGGGAUUCCAGCUGACCUACGCAGUCCGGCAGUCGCCGGAGCAGAUGCAGUUCCAGCAGCAGCAGCAAGUGGAAUUGUAAAUACAGCAGCCAAAUUGGCAUAAAUAAAGCCGUAGUAUUAACUAAAUCAACGCACACAAGUCACCCCAAAUUGACAUUAUUAAAUGCCACACUGCAGUGAUACGAAUGCUCGCAUAAUGUCGGAUGUCGGGGCCGAAAACAAAGCAUUCCAUGGUCACGGAUUUGCCUUAAUUAAAUGGCCAGCUUCGACAUUAAGUCCCAGGCAUCUAUACACAUAAAUACUAUAUUGAAUGCACAAAUAAAUUAUGGAA